UCCGCAUUCUAUUCUAUAAACGCAACAAAUUUAGUCAUAUUUGACUUCCCUAGUUUCUAAGUACAUACUUAACAUUAAUGCCUUGGACUGUAAAGUGUUAAAGUGAUCUUUACCAAGGAAGAUAAAGUGAUCGUCAAGAUAUUUUUGUAAAUAUGGAUAAUAAUCAAGAGCCGGUCUCUGAUGCAAUUUUCAAUUUGGAUAUGGCUUGGAGCGAUUGCAUAUUUUCUCUAAAGGAUUUUAUUGAAUUGUAUCCUCUUCCUCAAAUGGUUCAGGUUUCCGAUGGUUGGUAUGGCGAGGGUGAGGAAGCUAUAGAGUUAUCACAAGGAGACGUUCUUAUACUUCAUUUGUAUAAGGAAACUCCAUGCUUUACCGCUUCAACUGAAUACGGUAAAGAAGUAAAUAUUCCUUUGAAUUUAUCAAAGAAAGUUUAUGUUUAUUACGAGAAAUCAUUAAAGGAUGUUAAGUCACUCGAACGUCUUGGCGAACUAUUUCCUCAUAAAUACUCAAGUGUUCGCCUUCAACGCGACCUUAAAAAUUGUCUGGAUAAGAAAGAUAUUUAUCGCGCAGGCGAUACUUUACAGGUAAUGAGAUUUGACGUUUCACGGAAGCAAUUGGUUUGCUUGAAUAAGAAAAAUUUCUACGUCCGAUUCAGUAUGAGCCAAAUUUCUCAUUUGACGGUAACAGAUGUAACCAUUGAUUCCUUUGUACUUGCUGAUGUACAUCACCAAUUCAAAUUACCCCUAACGGUACGAUUUGUGCAAUACAAUAAGUUGCCAGGUUUGAUUCAUUUUAAAGAAAUCGUAAGCAGAAAAACUGUAGUGGCGUCUCUAGGAAACAAAGAAUACGAAUCAUUGCUGACAUUUCCGUCGACCUUGAAUAUUACAGUGUGCCCCCCUACACUGAAUAUAUUGCAUCACCCUGAGUACCAAAAGCACGUCCAUGGAGUUAGCAAGGAAGUUCACGUAGAAAGCGUUCAUGAAGAACUAAAGGACAGUGAGAUGUACGAGACUAUUGAAGAAUUAAACACCAAAGCCGUUCCUUAUUCCGUGUUUCAUUUCAAAAAGCCAAACCAGACAGUGACGUCCAGCAACAUUGAGAAACACAAAGAUGGCCAUGAACCCAAGCAAAGGGAAGAUACCGAAGGGACGUACGAAACAAUGUCGUAUAAACCUUUUCUGUCAGCGAGGACACGACAAAACCAUUACGUAGAAGAUCCAUUUAGCCAAUCAAAGGAUGCAUGUGAAUUGAUAUUACCAUCAGUCAACGUGAAAUCAUUAAUCACGUCUAUUGAAAAUAAAAAUGUUGCUCCUAAUGGUCAAGUUAAAUCUGCGGUAAAUGAUCAAGAAACAUCACACACUACAAACUUAUCAAAAUCUACAUCCAAAUCUUUACCUUCCAACAUCAGCGAGUCAAGAGAAGAUAGAAAAUGUCCUUCACCCACAGGACCUCGUAGACAGUCACCAUUCAGCUGCAAGAAAGAUCGCUUUAGCACUAAAACAUCGUCAAAUAAAGAAAAAUUUCCUAAUGAAAAUGUUAAAUCGUCGAAUGAAGAGAUGUAUGAUGAAGUACGUCCUGUUUUUAAGGUAAAAACCAUGAAUAAAGCUGGAACUUUCUUGCUUAGUAAUGAUCGACCCUGUCGCUCAGCUUCACCGAAAUACCAUGACAAAAGAAACGAUGAAAAUGUCAAAGAGACUGGGGGAUAUAAAAAUGAAAAGGUCCUUGGGAGACAAUCUGAAUCUGAGGAAAUUGACUCUGAUGGUUACCAAAUACCUAAGGUUGAAGGGAGAAACAAGCCACUAUUUACAGUCAACGAUGUCUGUAAUCUUUUAAAAGAUAUAAAUCUCUCACAAUACUGUGACCUCUUUAAAAAAGAACAGGUUGAUGGAAAUAUUCUAAGAGAUAUGGACGAGGAAAUGUUAAAAUCACACUUUAAAAUGAGUGCUUUUCAUGUGUUAAAGUUACAGAAAGCCGUGAACGAAAAUUGGAGACCCGAACCCAAAGAAUCAUGAUUGAAAGAUAUUGUGUGUUCUGGUACAUUCGAUAUUCUGAAACUUUCAAUAUCAAGAAUUCUGAGUCCUAACGACGUUAGGAUAUUGUACUAAAUUUUAAAUGCAUUACCUCAUAGUCGACACUAAAUUGUUGAUAGCGGAGAUAGUAGUUAUGUUCUUGCUUGAGUGUUGAGUCUCGUAGCUUUUUAUAGUGCAGGAAACCAACAUUCAAAUGAGACGGCAUGUACAAAAUAGUUUUUUACCUUUUAUUGUGAUUAAAGCUGGAUGCAUCUUUGUGAUAUCUGACAAAUUGCUAACGUGCGAAAAAGGAUUUGUAAAAAAAACAUCUCAGAUUUUAUGACAAUCAUGCAGUUUGAUUUGUUCGAUUUCACUAAGAAUUUUCCAAUAUAACGUUCUAAUUCAUAAACAUGCGAUCUAUAAAUAUGUAAAAAAUAUGGCAUUUUUAUAUUUAUAAAAUUUCAAAAGUAAA